GCCUUGAGUGUCCACUGCCCCAGGCCCCAGAAGGUCACCCCAGACGCUGUUCUGCGCCUCUUUUUGGGUCCCUCCUGCCUCGCCCCACUUGGUGUCCUACUUGCUGUUUGCACGCAGGCCUGGCGAAGCGUCUCUCCGUGUUUCCACCGGCACAGCCCUGCAAGAACCACUCCUUUGGUUCUGUCGUCUGCAUUAGUUCUAAGAGGAAACGACAAGCCAUUUCAGACCCAGGCCGCCUUGAUGGCUGGAGCGACGCAGGCCGAGCUCUCCAUGAAUUCCCUAACGACAUCUUCACAAACGAGGACCGGCGACACGGAGCGGUGGUCCUACACGCCGUUUGUGCGGUCUACAUGUUCUAUGCAUUGGCCAUUGUCUGCGACGACUUCUUCGUCCCCUCGCUGGAAAAGAUUUGUGAACGCCUGCACCUCAGCGAAGACGUGGCCGGGGCAACUUUCAUGGCUGCUGGCAGCUCUGCCCCAGAACUGUUUACUUCUGUCAUAGGCGUGUUCAUCACGAAAGGAGACGUCGGUGUGGGUACGAUCGUUGGCUCUGCCGUGUUCAACAUCCUCUGUAUAAUUGGGGUGUGUGGCUUGUUCGCAGGGCAGAUCAUUCAGCUGUCUCCGUGGAGCCUCCUGAGAGAUUCCUCAUGUUAUACCUGUUCCGUCGUAGCGCUUAUUUUGUUUAUUUAUGAUGAAAAAGUUUCUUGGUGGGAGUCCUUAAUCCUCGUGGUGAUGUACGCCGUCUACAUUCUCAUCAUGAAGUUCAAUGCCAGUCUACAGCAUAUAUUUGAAACGAGGACAAAGAACGCCACAAAUAUGGUGAAUGGAUUAGCGAACACCGAGAUGGAUAACAACAGCCACUGUGACGCUACUGUAGUCUUACUAAAGAAAGGGAACUUCCACCGCAAAGCUUCUGUGAUCAUGGUGGAUGAGUUGCUCUCGGCGUAUCCACACCAGCUUUCCUUUUCUGAGGCUGGACUCCGAAUAAUGAUAACGAGCCACUUUCCUCCAAGAACCCGACUCUCCAUGGCCAGCCGAAUGCUGAUCAAUGAGAGACAAAGACUUAUCAACAGCAGAGUGUACACCAACGGAGAGUCCGAGGUGUCCAUCAAGGUCCCUGUCAAGCGCACCGUGGAGAACGGAUUGGGACCCAGCAGUUCCGCUGACAAAGGGACAGGUGGGCUCCAGCAAGAUGAGGAAGCUGCUGAAGCAGGGAAUGAAACGGAAAAUGAAAACGAUGACCACGAAAAUGAUGAAAACGAGGAAGAGGAGGAGGAGGAAGAGGAGGAGGAGGAGGGGGGCCCUUACACGCCCUUUGAUCCACCCUCGGGCGCAGCGGAAAUGACCAAGUGGCUGCUCACCUGGCCGCUGUCCCUCCUCCUGUACUUCACCGUGCCCAACUGCAGCAGGCCCCGCUGGGAGAAGUGGUUCCUGGCCACCUUUGCUUCUUCUACGCUCUGGAUCGCCGCCUUUUCGUACGUGAUGGUAUGGAUGGUCACGAUCAUCGGCUACACGCUGGGCAUCCCCGACGUGAUCAUGGGGAUCACCUUUCUGGCAGCCGGGACCAGCGUGCCGGACUGCAUGGCGAGCCUCAUCGUAGUGCGGCAAGGAAUGGGCGACAUGGCUGUGUCCAACUCGAUCGGAAGCAAUGUUUUCGACAUUCUUAUCGGUCUUGGCCUCCCAUGGUCUCUGCAGACUCUGGCAGUAAAUUACGGCUCUUACAUCCGACUGAACAGCCGAGGGCUCAUCUACUCCGUGGGCCUGCUGCUGGCGUCAGUUUUUCUCACCGUGUUUGGUGUUCACCUGAACAAAUGGAAGCUGGAUAAGAAGCUGGGCUUUGUGUGCCUUUCCCUGUACGGCAUCUUCUUGUGCUUCUCCAUCAUGACCGAGUUCAACGUCUUCACCUUCGUGAAUCUGCCCAUGUGCAGGGAACACUGACCCGAGGACAGGCUGCCGCGAGAUCCCUGCCUUCCUUACCUGUGCAAUACGGAACGCGGCUGGCGCCUCCAGGCCGUGCGCGGUGCCCGGUGACGGCCGGGGAACGCACCUCCUCUUCCCGUUCUGGUUCAGUCCCUUCUCGGCCGCCCCUUCGCACGGACAGACACCAUCUCGGGACCCUCUUCCUGCACUGAUGUGAAGAUGUAAACCCUCGGAACGGGGAUUGCGGGCUAAACGGACUAACGUCGACCUGGCUCUGAGCCAGAGAAACUGAACUUCCACAGUUUCUUUUUUUUAACUUAUUUGAUGGAAGACUAAUCUAAUUUAUGAACUGAAACUAUAGCUAGGAUACAAAGAAGAGGAUACAUCCCACUGGGUGCUUCUUUCAGGAAAUGGAAGGAACUGACUCUGUCCUUUUCCCCCGGACGAGCCCUCUUGCAGCUUUCCGCAAGCCGCUCAAAGUCCCACGUGCCGCUGCGGAGGCAGAGUUCUAGGUGCUUGUCCACAGGCACGGAGCUCGCGCCUCUUGCAGGAAAGCGCAGGCGCCGACGCAGUGACUCCCGUGCCUCCUCGGAGGGAUUUCGGAGGACUCCGCCUGCAGAGUUGGGCACCACUGCCAUUUUAUGCUCAACAGCGAGAUUCGUUGUAUCGCCAAGCAAUAGUUUUAGGCCCGGUUGUCGGAGGGGCAGUCCUGGUUGCUAACGGUCGGUCAUUUGGGGUGCCAAACCCGGGACUGACCCCUGGUUGCUUUUCCGUGUUUUUAAUUUGUGUGGCACUUUUAGAUCGAAAAGUGCUUCUGUCCCUCACCCUCUUUGCCCUCUCUGUACUUCUGCAAGGUAAGUCAUUAGUAUUCCGGUAGGCAAACUAUUUCUGUCAGGAGGACAAGAGGCGGAGAAGAACGGCGGCGCGAGAGGCAGCGAGUGUGUUCUGGACUGAGUCCGAGUGUCCUGGGUCCGUGCCCACAGAGCCCGGUUGAUCUCCCGACUGGCUCUCGCUGUCCUAAAGGGCAGGAAAGGGGGGAAGGUCUGCAUUCAUUGGGAAGGGAGGUAAAUGGCACACAUUUUUUUAAAAAGAAGUUGUAUACACUGGUUUCCGAAAGGCAUAAUUUGCACAGAUGCUUUUGCUGCCAUUCGUCAUGUUGCAAAGGAUACACUGGACUCGAUAGGAGGUUGCUUUCAUCUGGCAGAACCGGUUGGGAAGCUCUCCUGCACACGCCUCAUUUCAGGAGAGCUUCCGCACGAGUCCUGCCUUCUACCGCAUGCAGAAUCGCUUACAAGUUACCCCACGGUUCCUCGGGGGCUGGGGCGCUUUGAGAGCGUCCGGGGCCUCCUGGCACGCCAUCCAUCCCACUGCUGUCCACGUCGUUUGCGCCAUGGAUGUCACUCGUUCACUGACGGUCAGGCGAGGUGCUUUGCCGCUCACCUCUAUAGGCUGGGGACCGAUGGUCUCACGGGGCGGUUUUGCCUUGCGUGGCACCUGCCUUCUGUGCAAGGGGGGGCUUUCUGCUGGGCAAAUAUCGGAGAUCUGCUUGAUCUGUGUUGCCCACGAGGCAAUUAUUUAACAAACAGCAGCCAGCCGGUGUGGGGGCACCGACACGAGUUCCUGAGCGAAACCCUCUCCAUUAGUUUGCACUUUUACCCGCGAGCACUUCAAAAUGACUAUUGUUGGGAUAAAUAAUAUGAAAUAAAUGGUUCGUAUCUGCUCCCUCCCUUCAUUACAGCACCUUGCUUUCACUCAUGAUGUCCACGGAGAGCAUUUAGUAGCUCCUGGAGCUCUCCUUGCAUUGGGAGUCAGGCACAUCCGUAGCACCGAUGAACCAUCUUAUUUUCCUCAGUGCAAGUGACGUGUGCAAACAUUUGUGCGAUUUAAAAGGGGGGGUGCGUCGGUCUUCGGUGCGCGAGUGUGAGCUCGUUGUGAGCGAAAAGAAAAGCCUCGCCUGCUCAGCAUCGUGGCACGGGGCUCCUGCGGUGU